UGUUGUAAGUGGAGUGGAAAUUACUUUGUCGCCGAUGGUCCGGCUUGGGGAUUUGACGCUGACUUGCGCCACGACAAGAUGCUUUAAAGUUCACCGCUGUCACUUUUCACCGAGGGGGGGAACGUAGGAGCACGGCGAGAAUGAAAACAUCCGCGGAGCGCCUCGAGGCGUGACGUCCAAACUACUCGUCAUAUUUGUUUUUUUUUUCCUGUCUGUCUCCGGCCGGCCGGCCCCGACCGCCACGCCGUGAAUUCAUGAUCACAUGACCGUGGAUAUGGACGCAGUCCUAUCCAACUUUGUUCAGACCACGGGAGCGGAACCGGGAUUAGCCAGAGACUUGCUGGAAGGCAAGAAUUGGGACGUGAACGCCGCCUUGAGCGAUUUUAAUCAGCUGCGACAGGUGCACGGCAGGAGCUUGAUGUACGCUUUCCCCCAAGAGAUAAGGGAAAAAGAUAUGGCGCGCCUCGGACGCCCCGUGCUGCAGAGACAAGAUGACGUGACACAAGGAGCCGCCGACAAGCGUCAGCCAAGGGCGGCGGCUGCGUCCCCCGCGCCAGCGGGGGGCGAUGACGAGCGGCUGCUGAACACGCCCGAGUACACCUUCCAGCUGCCCGACCUGAGCGCGUACCAGGACGACUUCCGGGUCAGCGAGCGGGACCUGAUCGAGAAGUCCAUGAUGGUGGCGCUGGAGCACGCCGGGCGUCUGAACUGGUGGACUAAAGUGGUACCCAACUGCCAGAGUUUGUUGCCCCUGACCACCACUGGAGACGGAAACUGCCUGUUGCACGCCGCCUCGCUUGGGAUGUGGGGCUGUCACGACCGCGACCUAUCGCUGCGCAAGGCGCUACACGAGCAGAUGGAUCACGGCGCGGAGCAGGAGGCCCUCAAGCGGCGCUGGAGGUGGCAGCUGACUCAGCAGAACAAAGAGUCCGGUUUGGUGUACAGCGAGGACGAGUGGCAAAAAGAGUGGAAGGAGCUGCUGAAGCUGGCGUCCAGCGAGCCGCGAGUCAACUACAGCAACCAUCUCAACAACCGGGGGGAGUCGUCGGACGAGCCCGUCUACGAGAGCCUGGAGGAGUUCCACGUCUUUGUCCUGGCCCACGUUCUCAAGCGGCCCAUCGUGGUGGUGGCCGACACCGUGCUGAGGGACUCGGGAGGAGAAGCCUUCGCCCCCAUCCCCUUCGGCGGUAUCUACCUCCCGCUGGAAGCGGACGCCGCCGACUGCCACCGCUCGCCGCUGGUGCUGGCUUACGACCAGGCGCACUUCUCGGCGCUGGUGCCCAUGGAGCAGAAGGAUGGUUCGGCCGAGCGAGUGGUGAUCCCGCUGACUGACUCGGAGCACAAAAUGCUGCCCCUGCACUUUGCCGUGAAUCCGGGGAAAGACUGGGAGUGGGGCAAGGACGACGCCAGCAACACGAUGCUCGGAAGUGUGACUCUGUCGUUGGAGGCGAAGCUCCAGAAGCUGCACACCUACAUGACCGUCACCUGGCUGCCGCUUCCCUGCGAGCAAGCGCCGCUGGCCCAACCCGAGUCGCCCACCGCCUCGGCCGGAGAGGACGCCCGCACGCCCCCGGACUCGGGCGAGUCGGACAAGGAGUCGGUCGGCAGCGGCUCCAAUGGCGACGCCGCCGCGCCGGCCAAGAACAACUCGUCGGCCUCGUCCGCGUCCUCCAACGGCGGCGGGUCGACGGCGUUGGGGCUAAAGGACAAAUCGAAGAAGGAGAAGGACAAGAAGAGGGCCGAGUCGGUGGCCAACAAACUGGGCAGCUUCGGCAAGACGCUGGGCAGCAAGUUGAAGCGCAACGUGGGUGGGCUGAUGACGGGUAAGAGCGGCGGAGGCGCGCACGGCAAGAAGGAGACCACCAGCGGCGGUGGCAAAAAGAAGCCCGAGAAGGACGGCUCUCCCCCCACCUCGGAAGACUCCUGCAAGGGCUCGCCCUCGUCGGGCAGCGAGCGCCUGGACGGGACGGGCGCCGAGGGCGAGGCCUACAAGUACGGCGCCGAGGUCAAGGCCAGCCUGGGCCUCCUGAAGGCGGCCAUGCACGGCGAGAGGAAGUUCAUUUUCGCCGGCGUGCUGGCCAUCGACGACCGCCACCCGCAGCGGGAGCGGCGCAUCCAGCGAUACCUGACCGAGGUGGAGGAGCGCUUCCGCGCCGAGCAGGAGCAGCGCCGCGAGGCCGAGCGCAAGGCGGCGGCGCCGGAGCUCGACCCGUCGCCCUCCUCGGGCCGGCUCCAGACCUCCCUCCUCAACCCGUCGAUGUACUCCGGCGUCGUGCCCAUCCCGCGGCCCUCCGUCCUGGAGCGCCCGCCCUCUUCCGGGGCUUUCCGCGCGCUCCCGGCGGACACUCGGCGGCAGCUGGCCGGCGGCUCCUACCCCUCCUACGUGACGCUCCCGCGGCACAACCCCGCAGUUUCUAACUCGGAAGUCCCCGCCCCCCUUCGUCCGCCACCCCAGCUCAUCCCGCCGGACUACCCCUCCGACGACUCCCCGCCGCCGAUGCGCCACCACUCCCUGGGCAGCGCGGGCGCCCUUCCCGGCCCGCCGUCCGCUCAGUGUCGGACCCCCGACUGCAAAUUCUACGGACACCCCGAGACGGGCAACUACUGCUCCUACUGCUACCGCGAGAAGAAGGAGACUGGGCCCGUCCAGAGGUUUUGACCCCUCCCCUCACCCUGACGAGUGGCCUUUUUCCGUUGGACGGGGGUCCCGAGAAUCAGACGGACCUUCAAAAAACACUGCACUCGUUCCAUUUUAGCUGUGUUUCUUAUGCAGGUGUGCGUAUGGGCUCAACUCCUGGCCUCUGUCACCUCCUAGUGGAGAGAAUGUAAAUGGCAGGACCGGCACUCCACAGUUGCAUGCACGGAGAGGCAGGGAUGCAUGAAGAUUGGCUCUACCGUAGGUAUCACAUAUACAAGAUAGAUGUCUAAUGGCAGAGUUGGCGGUGAAAUUAACAGGCAGCCAUCUUGGGUCAGAGUUCGGAUGGAAGGUGAGCGAUUUUCUCCACUUACACACUUAACCUUUUUAACUUAUUAUAUUAUCUUAUGUUUUUUGACGGAUUAGGUUUAUCACAAACUGUAUCAAUGUGGCCAUAAUUCAGGAAACAUAUCUUUAUUUUUAACUCUUCCAGGGACAGUGGUCUCUGCAGUGGACAGCUAUUUGAAAGUUGACCAUCAUCCCUCUAUAUAGAGAGGGACUAUUUUCGGUCAUGUAAAAAAAAACAUAUGGCAGAAAACAGGUGACUUGAAGUUCCGCUCUGAGACCCCCAAUUUGGCCAACUUUCAAAAUUGUCCGCUAUGCAUGUGUGAUACAUCAUUGGAAAGCUUAAAAUCUCUAUUUCUGGGAUAAGAAAAAUUUUGAACAGGAGUGCAUUUAAAAAAAAAAAAAAAAAAUUCUAAACAGCAAAACCCUAUCUGGAGGCGAGCGCACGCGAGAGCAGAAUUAUAGACGCUACGAUUUUAAAGAGAUAUCAUCACGCACUUACCUCUUUUCGAUCCAAAAACUCCAUGUAGCAUGUAUCACCGAGUGUCAAGACACGGCUGUGGAUAGCUACAGCCGAAUUUGGGGGGGAUUUUAUGGGUGAAACAUGGUCAUAUAACAAGGGUCGCGAUGCAGAAAUCGCAGACAUCAAGGAGUGGUCGAAAAUUUCUUUUUCAUAUAUUUACCCUUUUAAACCUUUUCAAUUUUUUUUGUAUGGAUCGAUUACUUAUCAUCUAACCCAUCGGAGAAAAUGAGACAGUAACAAAAAAAAUACAACUAAGCGAUAUUUAUGAGGUAGAUAUUCGUGACUUUUGUACAGACGCCAUUUUUUUCCUUGUGACAGAAUUUGUUUAAAAGUUUAAAACAUGUGAAUGAAUAUUUUUUAAAGUCGUUUUAUUUUUUAAACGAAAUAUGA